AUGGCGAGGGGGAUUGAUGUUCCUCCUCGUGGUGAUUAUUUUGUUGAGGAGGUUGAUUGGGAGGUUGCUGGCGAAGUUGGGCACGGAUGCGCUCGUUCUCUGCGCGCAUGGUCGCCAGAUCGGCUUGGUGUUGGUAAGCGGCAUGAUGAGUUACAAGCUGCCAAGUUAGAUGAAAUUGCAUAUUUGCUAGAGAUUGAUGAGCUUGAAAAUGGUAAAGGGGCAAAUCAAAUUUGUACUUUGAAACGAGCUGGGGAUACUCGUUGGAGCUCCCAUUUCUCUUCUAUUUGUAGCUUGAUAAAUAUGUAUGAUGCAACUUGUUCUGUUUUAGAAAAAAUUAUUGUUGAUGGAUCUACUUAUUCUCAACGUGGGGAUGCCGAUAAUGCUUACAAAAGCUUGACCUCAUUUGAGUUUAUAUUGAUCUUGCAUUUGAUGAGAGAAAUUAUGGGGAUAACAGAUGUUCUUUGUCAAGCUUUACAACAACAAUCUCAGGAUGUAGUUAAUGCUAUGCAUUUAGUUCGUUCUACAAAAACACUUAUCCAAAACUUGAGAGAAGAAGGUUGGGAUAAGUUAUUAAAAAAUGUGACAUCUUUUUGUGAAAAACAUGAUAUUGAGGUUCCUCAAUUUAGUGCUUCUUAUGUAGCAAGGCAAGGGCGCUCUCGUCACCAAAAAGAUCAUAUUACAGUGGAGCAUUAUUUGAGAGUUGAAAUAUUCUUUGUUACAAUUGAUAAGCAAUUACAGGAGUUGAAUUGUAGAUUUAAUGACCAGGCAAUGGAGUUAUUAACUCUAAGCAUGACAUUGGUUCCUAAGGAUGCUUAUAAAGCUUUCAAUAUUGAAGACAUUUGCACUCUUGUAGACAAAUAUUAUCCCAUGGAUUUCAGUGAGCAGGAGAAAAUUAAUUUGCAUUUCCAACUUCAACAUUUCAUUGUUGAUGCUCGUCAAGAUUCAAAUUUGAAGAAUUUAUCAACAAUGCAAGAGUUGUGUACAUGUUUGGCAACAACAAAAAAGUCAGAAGUUUACUACUUGAUUGAUAGAUUACUUCGUCUUAUCAUGACUCUUCCAGUUUCUACAGCUACAACUGGUGCACUAUAG